AUGAAGCUCUCAACCCUGCUCCUCAUCACGCCGCUGGCGCUUGCUAUUCCCUUCACGCCUAACCCUGCACAGCUCCACGAUGACCCGGACUCGGAUGCGUUGACCCAGGACCAGGGUCAGGACCAGGGCCAGAGCCAGGGCCAGAGCCAGGGCCACGCUCAACCCCAAGACCAAGACCCAGGCGAAGCCAUCAAGAACCACGUCCUGCAGAACAUGCGGCCGCAGACGCAGACGCAGACCCAAACGCAGACUCACCAGGCCCAUUCGGCCCCGACCAGCACACGCACCACCACAGGCACGAGAACCAGCACGAGAACCAGCACGAGAACCAAAGGUGCAACACCGGAACAGACCACCAGCACCACCAGCCCAGAAGAUAUCGAUCCCAGCCCCAGCCCCGGUCCCGAGGACGAGGACGACAAGAACAAAACCACCGAGAAACCCACCACCACCACCGAUAAAUCCAACUCCAGCCCCAAGGACAACAACGACGAAGACGAAUCCGGCCUAACCAGCGCCAUCUCCCUCAUCCCCAACCCCAACGCAACUCAGAACCCCGGCACCACCCAGACCUGCCCCACCGGCCGCCCCUCCAAGCAAUGCUGCCAGAGCAUCGAGUCCGUCGCCGACUCCGUCCUGCAGCCGCUCGGCCAGCUCGUCCCCUACCUGUCCGGCGUCGACAUCUCCAGUUUACUGGCUCUCGAGUGCACCGGAAUGGAAAACACCGACCCGAACGCAAACUGCUUCAACUCCGUCAUGUGCUGCGAGGGCACCCCCGGCGUGCGUAACCCCCUUCCCGCGCUUCCUUCCCUAACCCACCCCCGUAUCUUACAGUAA